UAGAUAUACAUAUGCAUAACCGACGUAGAUUCGCUCCAACCCAACAAAAUCCAGUUUACGUCAAUCCAAACAAAUUUCAUACGUUCGCAAAUUCGAGUUAUCACUGUUUCAUUCAUCUAAGCGCGAAAUAUUGGAAUUAAAAUACAAUUUCGGCCAUCGGAUUGUGGCAAAGAGAGUAAUUUUCAGUAGUAGAUCUGAAUCAGAUUACGUUUUUGAUUGGUUGCGUUUGAAUUAGGCGCGAAAAUGGUGCAAGACUCGGCGUCCGAGGCCGGAUCGGACGAUUGCGAUAUUGUGCCCGAAUUCGUCGAGGUGGAUCCCUCCGGUCGCUACGGUCGGUAUAAAGAAGUUCUAGGAAAGGGGGCUUUCAAAAAAGUAUAUAGGGCUUUUGAUGAGUUGGAAGGCAUAGAGGUGGCUUGGAAUCAGGUGAAACUUGCUGAUCUGUUGAAAAAUUCUGUUGAUUUGGAGAGGUUGUUUUCUGAAGUGCACCUGCUCAAAACUCUCAAGCAUAAGAACAUUAUCAAGUUUUACAACUCGUGGGUCGAUACAAAGAACGAGCAUAUCAACUUCAUUACUGAGAUUUUCGUGUCUGGGACUCUAAGACAGUAUAGGAAGAAACACAAGCAUGUUGAUGUGAGGGCAUUGAAGAAAUGGUCUAGGCAAAUCUUAGAAGGGUUGUCAUAUCUUCAUCGUCAUGAUCCUCCAGUUAUUCAUCGCGACUUGAAAUGUGAUAAUAUAUUUGUCAAUGGGAAUCAAGGAGAGGUGAAAAUUGGUGAUCUUGGUCUAGCUGCUAUCCUAAAGCAAGCUCGUUCAGCUCACAGUGUUAUAGGUACUCCGGAAUUCAUGGCACCGGAGCUUUAUGAGGAAGAAUACAAUGAACUUGUAGAUAUAUAUGCUUUCGGUAUGUGCUUGAUAGAGCUAGUCACCUUUGAGUAUCCGUAUGUGGAAUGCUCCAAUGCUGCUCAGAUAUACAAAAAAGUGACAGCGGGGAUCAAGCCUGCAUCAUUAAAGAAAGUGAAGGAUCCUGCUAUCCGGGAGUUCAUAGAAAAAUGCAUCGCAAAAGCACCUGAACGUUUGUCAGCCAAAGAAUUACUGAUGGAUCCAUUCUUAAGAUCUGAUGAGGAAAGUUCAGGUUCUUCACUGUGGCCACAAUCUACCGAUGCAGGUGAUAAUGGCAACUGGUUUGACAUUGGUGCAAACCAAGAUUCUGGUUUUGAGGGUAGUCGAGACUUCACACUGCAGGGUCAUAGGAAAGACCAUAAUACGAUAUUUUUGAAACUUCGAAUAGCAGAUGCAUCAGGUCAUAUACGAAACAUUCACUUUCCAUUUGAUGUCGAGGAGGAUACGUCCACUGCUGUUGCUAGUGAAAUGGUUGAAGAGCUGGAUUUGACAGAUCAUGACGUCUCAGUUAUUGCUGAUAUGAUCGAUUCUGAAUUCCAAUCCCUCAUUCCAGAUUGGACACCUAGAGGAACUGCAAACAGCGGCAGUUUUAAUGGUCAAACAAUGAUUGAAUUUGGUGUACUUGGAACACACGGAGACAUGUCUUCCAGUCCCACGAUGCAUGAGAAUCAUCCCUCUGGCCCUCUUGUUUUGGAAAGACUCCCCUCGGGUAGAAAAUAUUGGUCUGAUUCGCCCAAAGCCUGUGGCGGAUGCUCACCACUUAAGGCAGGGCCGUCUAACUUGAUGUCUGCUGAUUCAACCACGUCUGGAGACAGCUGGUCUGAAGUGACGUCACGAUCACCAUUCAGCCAUAAAGAUAAUAACACCUCUCACAAUGUUUCACUUCUCAGUCACGUGGGGUAUGACUCUGAUCACGAAGAUGACAGCAAGCAGGAACCAAAUUCUGCACCUAGCGGGUUACAAUUUAAUGAAGGUCACCGGCUCCUUGGUCCACCUGAAAACAGGAAUCAUCGCCAAUUGGAAGAAAAAGACAACUCAUCUCCAUGUGGAAGUGACGCGGGUGGCAUCAAAAGUGUUCUAAAGAAACUCGACUCUGUGCUGGACGAGCAGUACAAGGAGCUGAACGAUCUGAAGCAGAUGCACAAAGAAGCCGUUUUGGAACUUCUGAAGGACGUGCCAAAGGAGGCUCACCACAGGAUUACUAGAGUGUGCAACGCAAAGAUAUAUGGCACGAAUUGAACAAGAAGCUACGCCUCUUUUGUGUUUGAAAGAAAAUUAGUUUUAGAUGUUUGUGGGAAAUUAUCAUGAAUCGAGAUCAAUGUCGACUGCAACUGCUUUGUGAAGAUGAAGCGAAGCUGAUAGAAGAAUAACGUGUAAUGUAUUCUACCAGAUGUAUCUUGUUUUCCCAACGGAGGCUGUUGUAUUACUUUGCUAUACAGGGAAGCUGCUGUUCUCUCUCUCUCUCUUUUUUUUUUUGUCUUCCCUUUUCAGAAUGGUCUAAAUUUGCUAUUUGAUCAUCAUACUUAUGUAAAUGGUUCUAUUGGUUUAGUAAUUCAUGAUAACAUCUUUAAUGAA